AUGCCCAAGCUGAACUUCAUGCAUGCUGACUCUUGGAACGUGCAAGGCAAACCAUUACCUUUUAUCCUGGACUGGCUUAGGCUUGAGCACAACGUUGUGGAUGUCCUCUCCCUUCAAGAGGUGGGAGGAACGAGCUCUUUGGUGGAGAAGCCUGGGGCCCCUGCUGAAGCCGGUUCUUUACGUGAAUUCAUUUUUGAUGACAAUGAACAUCAGGCCUACAUUGCUCUAGGUACCAGUGACCUUCAAUCCCACUUAGCCCAGGUGAUAUUGCUCAACCGUGCAGGCGUUGAUUGUGUUCUUGAGUCCUGCAAAGCUGAGCGAUUGAUAGGGGUUCACUACAUUGAAGCUGUUACCAAUGAGCAUAGAUGGGUUUAUUCAGUCCACUUGCCUCACAAUGACAACAGCGAUGAUAUUUUCAACGCCAGCCUCGAUGAGAUCGCUAAGCAUAGCAACACACACCAGGACGAUGAUGCGAUUUUCAUUGGUGACUUUAAUGCAGAGUUUGGGACAGCCCGAGCCAUUCAAUUAGAUGCUCUGUUCAAUUCCUUUGGAUAUGUCUGCUUUCGUGCUGGAGUCCCGACGAGACACGGUAGGCAUUCCUCUACUGAGUUGGACUAUGCGUAUGUUAGCCGCAAGCUUGCCUCCAAGUUGUGCAGACACAUUGCCCAGCCCCCCAGACUACAGGUCCAUGAUGGUUCCAGAACUGCAAUAGGCUCUGACCAUGACAGGAUCACGUUACACCUCCUACUUGAAGCUCGUCCCAUGACUAAAGGACGCAAAGCCCGAAAAAGACCCAAUAAGGGCAAGUGUGGCCGCUGGAGUGUUGGAGCCAAUCUUGGAGAUGUGCUCCCUUCUGUCAGAGACGGUUUCGCUGAGCUUAGUCUGCAUGGCAAGUGGGAAUCCCUCAAGCAAGUACAAGCAGUGGCCACUUAUCCCACGCCCUCCCAGAAGUUCAGGGAUAGCCAAAGCCUUAAAGACCUUUGUCGUCAGCGACGAGAGUGUCAUGAUGCAGCACGCAGACUGGAACUCACGAGGCUGGUGCUUGCCAGGCGCCGGGCAGAGAAGCUUGCCUGGUUGCAGGAACUUGAAAAAGCAGCAGCUGAUGGUCAUGCGCAGUCUAUUCGUUACCUUCGCAAUCGUACUAGACAACAUUCUGACAUGAGUGGACUGGUUCGGGCCAAAGGUGGUGACGUUGAUGCUGCUGCUCGAUGUGUCAAGGAGCACUUUCGUGAACUCUUCAGUCCGCAGAUUCCCGCUGAACAAGAGGUGUCAGUCGAAUCUAUCUUCCGAGAUCUUCAGCUUGCCACUGGUGAGUUUGCCAUCAAAUAUUUUAGUGAGGAGGAGAUUGCUGCUGGUCUGAGUAAGGGUAAGAUGGGGAAGUCCACGGGCCUCAGUGGGAUCUCGUAUGAACUCUUGGUUGCCAUGUGGUCAAUGCCGGACGGACGCUUGAUUUUGCGGGAAUUUUUGAACAGUCUGCUUGAAUCCUCAGAGCACCCGACAGAGAUACACUGCAGUUUUGUGACGCUUGUCCCAAAACUUGCUGAGGUUGUCACUCCUGCACAGAUACGCCCCAUAAACCUCGUUGAAGCUUCUACUAAACUGUUUUGCACACUGCUGGUUCGUCGUCUCGUGGGUUGCUGGCCGGUGGCGCCAUGCCAGUUUGGUGGCCUGCCGGGAGGGCAAGUCGCGGAUGCGCUAGCCUCAGCACACUGGCAAACUUACUGCGAAAGUAUUGCUGACAAGAGUAGGGUUUGGGUCAAUGCUGAUAUGCAGGCGGCUUUUGACAGUAUCCACCAUGCAUCCGUGGCCAGAUUUGUUUGUGACCAUACGAAUCCGGAGCUUGCGCGUGAAGCCCUUCAGCUUCUCCGGGUUAUAUGCAGACCUUCGCUUCGCUUUGUGUACCAAGGGGAGGAGUGGCAUAUUGACCAGACUAGGGGAAUACAACAGGGGCACACUUUCAGCUCUAUUUUGUUCAGUUACCUCAUAGGUCAUGUGGUGCAAGAGCAGUUCACACAAUGGGAGUCUGAAGGUGAAAGCAGUUUUUUCGGUCAAUGGGGAUGGCUUUUUGUUGAUGAUCUUAUUUUACAUUUUGAUGACUGGACUGUGGCUAAGCGACUUCUCCCCAGGAUACAGCAGGCCUUGCACACCAUUGGACUUCAGUUCAAUCCCGCCAAGACCCAAGUUUUUGCUAGGCCUGAGAUGUUGGCCAGAGGUCGACGGGAAGUCCCUGAUGAUCAUGUGCUACACCAGUACACCUGGACAUCCGAGACUGCUUACCUACGUAAGCCCUUGCGCCACACUUCGGUCGGGGAAACCUCCUGGGACCUCUGGCUGCCUUUUGUCCAGCGUAGUGUACAUCACGGAGUUGUACAGAUGGCUCCUGUGCUUAAAGGUUUGACAUGGGCACAGCCUGCAUUGGCCCUGCAUCUGCUGAAUCGCUAUGUUGGAAGCAAGUGGCUGUGGGCUACCCGGUGUGGAUUUCCUAAUUCUCCACUGCACUGGCUCUUGCGGACGGCUAGCGCCGCGUAUGGAGAAGAUGUUCAGGUUGCCAUGGUUCUUGCUAAAGCUGCUGACCGUGAGUGCUGGCGUGAGACUGGCAGAAGGCACUUUCACAGCAUCAGCCUGGCAGAGAUGCACAGUCAUCUGCAUGCCGGCCUGUGGAAGCGGUGGCAACAUAGCAUCUUACAGCAUGUAUCGUGGCUCUUCAAUGUGGUCGUACUUUUCACUGGCUCGCAGCUCCGGAUAGUGUGGGUUGACACUGAAGAGGGUCUGGUUGCCUGGGAUAUUGAUGACAUGUGUUCAGGCAUUUGGCAGUUCUUUCACUAUGCUCGCAUGCGCUAUCCGUUCUGGGUGUUUGAAAUUAGCAUGACCGAGACUCUGUAUGAGUGUUAUCCUGGUGUCGUGGGGCUGGCAAGUCGAGCCCUGGAGGAAUAUCAUCAGGUCUGGGUCGACACCGAGUUCGGCGGCAUUCGGAAUGCCUUCAAGCAGAUCGACGAAGACAACACGAAGUCCAUCACAACCAAAGAGUUUGAGAAGGCUCUUCGGAACUUCAACUUCCCAAGGCAAUCCAAGGCCUUGUUCCAGAUGUUGGACAAGGAUGCCAACGGCAAGCUGGAAAUGGAAGACCUCAUCUUCCUUGAGAAGUGGCAGCCGCUUGAGUUCCUCCUCGUUGCCCCAGAUCACCACGCCAAGCAGGAGUUCCGGGAGCUUCUGCUGGCCAAGAUGGGAAGGUACCUGAAAGCCUGGAAGCGCAUCUUGGACAAGGAUGCAACAAACCGCUGCAACUGGUACGAGUUCCAGGAUGCCUGCCGAGAGAUUGGCUUCCGCGGGAACGUCGGUGGAGCCUGGCGGGCCUUUGACGAAGACCUCUCAGGUUACAUCACCUUAAAGGAGCUCGACGAGCAGGCAUCCGCGGUGCUGCUGGGCUUUCGGCGCUGGGCCAUUUAUGAGUUUGGCUCCGUCCGGCAACUCUUCCACACCUUCGACAAGGAUAAGUCCAACAGCCUCAGCUUCCUGGAAUGGCGGGGAGCUCUGCGGGUGUAUGGCUACGAUGGACCGAGCAGGGAGCUUUUCCAAGCCCUGGACGUGGACCAGGAGGGCACGCUGUCCAUGAAAGAGGUGGACUUCUUGGAUGACUGGGACCUGGACCUGGAAGAAGACCUUCCGGAGAACCAGAGCCGACGGCCCUCGAACCAACAGCGGCCGGCAAGCCCCAAAACGUCGCGGCGUGGCUCGGCGGUGCAAACAUCGGCCCGGCGCCUGUCCUUCGCUCGGCGCGCCUCCAUGCAGGAAGCUGCGAGAUCGCGUGCUGCAAAAGUGAUGUCGGCAUCGAACCUGAACCAGGACGAUAGUUCCGAUAGCUCGGAGCCUGAGGGCCCCAAGAACAUCGCGCGGCGCUGGAGGGUGCAGAAUCCUAUGGGCCUGGUCGGUUUGGCGAACAAAGUGGUCCUCAAAGCCAGGGCACCCAGGUUUUACAUGUCAAACGGCGUGGUCAUGGAGCGCUCGCAGGCGGGCAGCGCUCCCUCGACGAGCAGACCCUUCACACAGACGCUGACGCAGUCCUCGUUUGGAGUUGACAGUGAGCCCUUGCUAAGCCGCGAUUUGUCAGCGAGUCGGCCGACGACGCAAGAAAGGUUCUUAACCUUUUCCGAGGCAAGCAGCGAGCUUCCCUUCAGCCGACCGUUAACGGACGCAACGUUGGAUUUUGGAGAGGCCAGCAGUGAGCUGGCCAUGAGCCGCCCCAUCACGCAGCAGACAGUCACCUUCUCAGAGGCAAGCUCCGAGCUCCCGAUCUUCCCGACGCAGAAGACAGUUUCAGAGGCAGGCUUCGGAAGUGAGGCCGUGGCCUCCUUCUGCUUCGCGCCGGCCACGGGUGCAGAGGCCAUUGACCGCACCGGUCAAAGGGAAUACCUGACGCAGGCCCUUGGCCUGGAUCGCGAGAUGCCCGCGACUCCUCCGCUGCCCCACGCCAGGCCCCGGCGGCUUGGGUCCCUGGCGCGCCGACUCCGAGCAGCUCGGGACCGAGGGCGCUGGGUGGAGGCCCUGCAAAUUUGGCACUCCGCCAAGGGCGACGCUCAAGCGGUCAUGGGCAAAGCUGCCUGCGCCGAGGCGCUGGGGGCCAUGGUCAGGACGGCCAGCGCGGCAGAGGCCUCACAGCUGCUGCACGAGAUGCACGCCCAAAACAUUGAGCCAGACCAUGUGGCAGUGGGAUCUGCAGUCGCUGCCUGCGUCGCUGGUGGUGAGUGGGAGGAGGCCGUCAAGCUUCUCUCGGAAGUGGAGCUUUGGAAGCUUCCUGCAAAGUCCAUCGGGUCUGUGGCCUACAACGCUGCCAUCGGCGCCUGCGGCUACGCCCACUCGGCGGAGAGCGCCCUGCAGCUCCUCGUGAGAAUGGAUCGCCAGCAGAUACCCCGCACGCCUCGCACUUUCGGCGCCGCCAUCGGUGCCUGCGGCCGCGGCCACGCGUGGGUGGCGGCUCUGGGCCUCCUUGAAGAGAUGCGGAACUCUCGAUGGCCUGACGUGGCAGGCGCUGAUCCCGUUGCCCACGCCGGUGUCGUCUCCGCGUGUGCCAAGGCCAUCGUGUGGCGCCAAGCGCUGGCAUUGGUCAGGCAGAGCGCAGGGUACGACAUGCCACAAUAG